AUGGAACUGCCAGAAAACUAUAGCAGGGAAUUUGAAUCUGCCGUGGAGAGGAUCCGGGACUCCAUCUUUGAGUGCGACCAUGAUCAAAUUGAUCAAUACUUGCAAGCCGUUGAUGAGAUUCAACGAUCAAUGGGGUUCAUGAAAGACGACAACCUAAGCAGAGCUAACAAGAUGAUGCAAAUCGCCGUGGCUCGGCUCAAGGAAGAGUUCAGGAACAUAUUAAUCAGCAACGUCUGUUCAAUUGAAACGGAUUCGCUUAGUUAUCCUCCUGAUUAUUUGGCUUAUUCGACUUCAUUAAGUACCGAAUACAUAAAAGAUGAUCCACCACUGAGUAAGGAAUCCAUCUCUGGUCUACGGAGUAUUUCGGAGAGAAUGAGCUACGCAGGCUAUAUUGGCGACUGCAUUCAGGUGUACGUGGAUGUUCGGAAGUCUUUCAUGGAUACAAAUUUUCAACGGCUUGGUCUCGAAAAACUUGGUACUGGCAAAAUCAAAAGGUUGGAUUGGGAAAUCUUAGCUGCCAAGAUUGUGAGAUGGAUACAAGCAGCUCAGGUUUGUGUCCAAUUUCUCUUUGCGAGGGAGAAGCAACUCUGUAAGCAGAUCUUUGAAGGUCUUGGAAGUGGUGGAGAAGAUGAUGAAUGUUUUACGAGAACGGUCAAAGAUCAUGCAAUUGUGUUCCUCAACUUUGCAGAGAGCGUGGCAGUCAUUCGUCCAUCGCCAGAGAAAUUGUUCAAGGUAUUAGACCUCUACAAUGAACUUUCCCAACUUUUGCCUGAAAUAAGAGAUGUUAUUUUCAGGUCGGAAUCAUUUCUCCAGAUUCGAGUUCAGGCCACCGAGACAGUGUCCGGACUUGCAGAGGCAGCAAGAGGGAUUCUAACGAAAUUUGAGAACGAUGUGCUCCGCGAACUGUCAGAAAUUCCAGUUCCCGGAGGGUCAACUCACCCCUUGACUAAAUACGUGAUGCAUUAUAUAAUCAGAAUGAUUUCUGAUUAUAAGCAAAACCUUAUUGAACUGGUCAUACCAAUGCCUUCACCAAGUUUGACAUGCUCUGGUGAUAUGGAUUUGGUGAAACUUGCAGGCCAAACACCGUUGGCAUUCCGUUUGUCUUGGAUCAUUGUAGUUCUGCAGUUCAAACUGGAUGGCAAAUCCAAGCACUAUGAAGAUGAGUCCUUGGGUCAUUUGUUCAUGAUGAACAACAUCCACCACAUUGUUCAGAAAAUCAACGAUUUCACAGAAUUGCAGGAGAUGGUGGGAAAUAGUUUUGUAGAGAAGCUAGCAGAAAAAGUUCAGCACGCCAUGGAAGAUUAUCAGAUAUCAACUUGGAACAAGAUCUUGUUCCCUUUGGACCUUGUUGCACCGAAUGCUGAUUGGCGUUUUCUUUUUGGGCGGGAUACUUCGAUGGUGGCGCUCAAGAGUUUCUAUGCUAUGUUUGAACGUGCUCACGAGACCCAAGCAGAAUGGCUGGUACCAGAUCUGCGGCUCCGGGAGGCGAUUCGCCGUAGCAUAUUGAAUAGGUUGAUUCCAAGUUACAAGUUGAUGCUGGAUAAAAUGGAUGUGUCGAAGAAUAACAAGUUAAUUCGGCACAGAAUGGAUGCGAUGCAUAGAGAGAAUUUACAGAAAUACAUCAAGUUCUCAGUUGAGGAUAUUGAGAGUGCAAUUUCGGAUUUCUUCAAAGGCCAUUCUGUGUGGGAUCAAUUGACAGAAAUACAUCAAAUACACUAG